UACGGGCUCCCCCCCCUCCGAUGCCCCCAGCUCCAGCUCCUCUGGCUGCCCAUCACCUGCUCCCCACUCCUCCUCCGACCCAGAUGAUUCUCCCCCGAAGCUGCUCCCCGAGACCCUCAGCCCAGCCGUCCCCGACUGGCGUGAGUCGGAGGUCCUCGACCUCUCGAUCCCACCCGAGUCGGCUGCCACCAGCAAGCGCUCUCCCUCGGGAGGGUGCAGCGGGGGGCAGACGCCCUCCUUGUCACUCUCCUCUUCUGACCCGGAGCAGGAGGCUGGCGACUGGCGUCCGGAGAUGUCCCCUUGCUCUAACGUGGUGGUCACGGAUGUCACCAGCAACCUCCUCACCGUAACCAUCAAGGAGUUCUGCAACGCAGAGGAUUUUGAGAAGGUGGCGGCAGGCAGUGGCGGAGGGGGCAGCAAGUGA